AUGGAGGAGGAAGCUCGAUACAACCGCACCAGCUACUUCUACCCCACAUUCUCAGAGAGCUCGGAGCACAGCCAUCUGCUCGUGUCCCCUGUGCUGGUGGCCAGUGCGGUCAUAGGUGUGGUCAUCAUCCUCUCCUGCAUCACCAUCAUAGUGGGCAGCAUCCGCAGGGACAGGCAGGCCCGGCUCCAGCGACACCACCACCGUCACCACCGCCGCCACCACCACCACCAUCGCCGCCGCCGCCACCGCCAUCGAGAGUACGAGCACAGCUACGUGUCUGACGGGCACAUCUACAGCCGCUCGAGCCGCAGGAUGCACUACGCCUGCAGCCCGGCCGAGGACUGGCCCCCACCCUUGGACGUCAGCUCUGAUGGGGACGUGGAUGCCACUGUGCUCCGAGAGCUGUACCCAGAUUCUCCACCGGGGUACGAGGAGUGUGUGGGGCCAGGGGCCACCCAGCUCUACAUCCCCACGGAUUCACCGCCGCCCUACUCGCUGACCGACUCCUGCCCUGCGCUGGACAGCGCCCUCGACGAAGGCAGCGGCCACAGCUCUGGCCGACACCAGCAGGCGCAAAGGGCCCGGGGUCAGAGUGGCCUCCGCACCAUCUCCAUGGACACCCUGCCCCCUUAUGAGGCAGUGUGUGGUACCAGCCCCCCAUCGGGCCUGCUGCCGUUGCCGGGACCAGAACCAGGGCCAAGGAGCCCCCAGGGGUCACUUGCCCCAACUCGGUCCCUGGCCUCGGGCCCAGAGAGGGUUAUGUGAGUGUCCCAAGCGGCCAGGUCCUGCCAGCCCCUAGGGGCUGAAUCACAUUCUUCAGGCACACAGGGGCACACACGACAUGUGCACACACAGCACUCCCACACGCACACAUAUAUACACAACUGGUACACACACAGACAUAUACACUGGCAUACCCAUGUGCACACACACACACCCAGACAUGCCCCACACAUGUGCAGCACACACACAGCCCCAUACACCCACACAAACCCAUCUGU